CCGGGGCGGAGCGGCGGCCAUGGCCGCCCUGCGUACCCUUCUGCGGUGGCGCCGCCGCUUGGGCUCCGCACCGAGCGCCCCUCCGGCGCGGCGGCUGUGGGCCGGCGGCGGGGCCGGGUCGGCCGGGCCGAGGAGGUGGCGGCGGGAGCUGGGCUGGGCGGCGGGGGCCGCUCUCUCCGGCUACGCGGGCUAUCAGCUGUCCGAGCGGCGGCGGGAGCUCUCCCGGCAGCCGGCGGCCGCCGAGGCGGGCGGAGCUCGCGGGCUGCUCCCCAUCCCCGUGGCGGCCGCUGCCAAGGAGACGGUCACAGAAAACAGAUCAGACCUUGAAGAUUUGCACCUUUAUGCGACACCUCGGGAGCAACGGUUUCGCAUGUUUGCCAGUUUAGAAUUUGAAGGCCAGCUUUAUAUGACUCCAUAUGACUUCAUUCAGGCUGUCACAAGUGAUGAACCAAAACGUGCUAAAAAGUGGCGAUCCCUUUCCAAGCAGGAAUUGAAUCAGAUCCUUAUGGAGACACCACCAGUUUGGAAAGGCUCAUCCAAACUUUUCCGUAACCUCAAUGAGAAAGGUGUGAUAUCUUACACAGAAUAUUUAUUCCUCUUAUGUAUUUUAACAAAGCCACAUGCAGGUUUUAGAAUUGCUUUCAAUAUGUUUGACACUGAUGGCAAUGAAAUGGUGGACAAAAAGGAGUUCUUAGUGCUACAGGAGAUCUUCAGGAAAAAAAAUGAGAAGAGAGAAAGGAAAGGAGAUGAAGAAAAGCGUGCAAUGUUGCGUCUUCAACUUUAUGGAUAUCAUGCUCCUACUAACAGUGUUCUUAAAACAGAAGGAGAGGACCAUGUCCCCAGAAGCUACUGGGAUACUUUGAGGCGUAGCACAAGCCAAGCUCUCUUUUCAGACCUUGCGGAGCGUGGUGAUGAUAUUGCAAGUUCACUGUCUGACACAACACUGCUUGUCCACUUUUUUGGCAAGAAAGGAAAAGCUGAACUGAACUUUGAAGAUUUUUAUAGAUUUAUGGAUAACCUGCAAACUGAGGUUCUAGAGAUAGAAUUCCUUUCCUAUUCUAAUGGGAUGAACACUAUCAGUGAGGAAGAUUUUGCACAUAUUCUUUUGAGAUAUACCAAUGUGGAAAAUACAUCAAGUUACUUGGAAAACAUGCGCUGCAGUAUUCCUGAAGAAAAGGGUAUCACAUUCGAUGAGUUUAGAUCAUUUUUCCAGUUCUUGAACAACCUAGAAGACUUUACAAUUGCAAUGCAAAUGUAUAAUUUUGCAAGUCGUUCCAUAGGUCAAGAUGAAUUCAAGCGUGCUGUUUAUGUAGCCACAGGUGUAAAGCUAUCACCACAUUUGGUGAACACAGUAUUCAAGAUUUUUGACGUCGACAGAGAUGACCAAUUGAGUUACAAAGAAUUUAUCGGCAUUAUGAAAGAUAGACUUAAUCGAGGGUUUAGGGGCUACAAACCUAUACAGAGGUAUACUACUUUCAAAUCCUGCGUGAGGAAGGAACUCUAUAGCAGAUAAAUCACGGAGAGUCCCAGGUAUGGUUGGAAGGAAUAUUACUCUUGUGUGAUGACUGUAACCAGUGAACAUCUCAGAGAUCUGUGGAAACAAUUUCGGAGACGAGAUAUGCUGAGAUAAAGAAAGCAGGAUUAUGGGCCCUGGUUAAAACUGUAUUUAUUCCUAUAAACUCUGGUUGAAGAACAGGCUAACCCAGGUGAUUUAUGAAUCUUUCAGUUGCAGUAGAAAACACAAGACUGCUUUUUCACUAAAAGUCUAGAAUUCAUACAACAACUUUUCAGUAUGUAUUUCAUUUAAAUGAGCUGUAGUCUGAUUGGCACAAGUCCUUUUUAUAAGAAUGCAUUUUGAAUAUCUGUUGUUUUUCUGAGAUAUGUUUCUCACAUAAAGGAAAACAAAAAUAAGUAUUACACCUGACUAAGCAAACAUUUUGGCAAUGGAGAGAAGCUGCCUGUAUCAACUUAGACUGUGAACUUGCUUUCAGAAGAAUACCAUUAAAUGUUUGUACUAAAUUGGGAAUUAGAAUGUCUCAUGUAGCAAAUUGCAUAUGAAUUGAAUGUACAAAUUACUCUUAGAAGUUAACAAAGCUGUUAUGGUAAGAUUAUGGAUUAUAAUGUGAAAGAUAGGUAUUUACCUAAGAGAGGUACUGUAUGAACUAUAAUGUUCAGAUUUUCUAAGUCUUAUUAUUGUCUUUAUUAAUUUAAUCCUCUAAAAAUUGUACUGAUUUUAAGAUGUCUUAUGAGUACUAUGUUGAAGGGAAGUAAAAAUAUUCAAAUUCCUGUUAAGUAACACACUUUAUAGUAUUUAUUACAGACCUUAUUUCCAUGUGUAUAUUCACUUAUAUACUUUUGGUAGAGUAAAAUUGUGUUUCUUGUGAAUAGUGCACUUUUAUAUGAAGAUGUGGCACUGAGUAGAAAUUAUCGUUGUCUGAUUCACUACUCUGGAAUGCAGCAUCUGAAAAAUAAACAACUCGUGUUUGCAUCAAAUGAAAAAGCAAAACAAGAUAUGAAUGCAUGCAGCAGCACGGAGCAACAUGUACUAAUAUUUAAAUAUUUCAAUUCAAAUACUAGACAUAAAUUAGGCCUUACUAAGGUGAUGAGACUUCAGGCAGUCAGUAGCCGCCAUGACCUUUCGUGUCCUGUAUGUUUAGAUAAUACUGAAACAGUCAUAAGAACGUUGUUACGCUUGUGUUUUCCUCUUAAUUUUUUUCUUUGCUAUUCUGCAGCAGUGUUUUUUUCUUACUCCCUUUCAAGGUGACUAUUAUAUGUUGUGUGUUAGAUCUCAAGAAACACAAACACAAUUUUUAUAUCAUUAUUGAAGAGGUGGGCUGGAUGUUAAAUACGUCUGCAUUUGCAUAGGAACAAUAUAUGCCUUCAAGUAUUUCAAACUGAAUACACUGUAGUGAACUUGCUUUGGCAAAGGGGUUAGACUAAAUGAUCUCCUGAGAUCCCUUCCAACCCCUACAAAUAUGUGGUUGUGUGAAAUCUUCUAUUACUCCAAAUGAUUAUAAGCAAGCUUUUUAAAAUUAUAUUCAGUGCACAUUGUUCAAAUAUCAUCUUACAUCACGUGCAAAUAGAAGACUAUAUAGCAUCUGUGUAAGUACAGCUGUGUUCAGAAAUAAUUGUAACAAUUAUCUGUUUAAAAAACAAAACAAAAUGAAAAGCAGGAUGUUUUUUGAGAAAUUACCCUCUAGAAAGUUAAAACAAAACAAACAAACAAAAAAAAAGAGCUAAUUAGAAUGUCUUUUUAAAUGUAGCUUUAAGGAAAAGUGAGUUCAGAAAGCUUUUGAAGAACGCUAUUUUAAUUUACAUUUCACAAUAAAUACCAAAUUUCCACCCUGACCUCCUUAAACUACUGACAGCAUGAAAAGAAACAGAA